AGCCAUCAGCCCAGAGCCCGACGCGGGUCUCGAACUCACCGCGAGAUCGUGACCUGGCUGAAGUCGGACGCUUAACCGACUGCGCCACCCAGGUGCCCCUUCAAUUUUAUUUUUAAUUGCCUGACUACUUGAUUAAAAUCUGCCUCCCUCAUUCAACUUGAAGAUUUUAGGGGCUGGUUCUUUGUCUGAUUUUAUUCACCAUUAUACACUUAGCUUUGUGUUUAAUUAUAGAUUCACAAUAAAUAUCUGGCAGUGAAUGAGUGAAUGUAUGAAUGAGGUUAAUUAGGAAACUAUCCUUCCUUGCUCUUUGUUGACCCCUUCCCUCCUGCCUACAACUGCUUACUCCUCUUUAAAGCUUAAAAAAACAAAACAGAAGAAACAAUUUUAUCCUUUGUUCUUAACCUCACUGACCCCCUCAGACUAUCAUCCAUUCACUGGACAAACUUCUUUAAGAACUAGUGUGCUGUCAGUGAUUCCAGUGCUUUUCCUUAAUCUCGUGCAUUCUUACUCUUGCCCACAUCAUUUAUGAAAUUGAUUUUCUCCGACUCCACUAGUAACAGCCUAGUUAACCAAAGAGCAAUGAGGCAGUGAGCUAAAAUGAUUACAGUGAGAAUUAAAUGGGAGAGACCUGUAGAUGAUAAGAGACAUUACAACUCGAGAAUCGACGAGUUUUAGCAAUGUGGGAGGUGGAUAAAAAACAAUGUCAAAAUAUAGGCACACUUCAUUUUAUCAGGCUUCACAUUAUUGCACUUUGCAGCUAAUUGCAUUUUUUACAGAUUGAAGGUUUGUGGCAACCCUGCACUGAGCAGGUCUAUCAGCACCAUUUUCCAACAGCUCGCCAUCUGCUCACUUCGUGUCUUUAUGUCAUAUUUUGGUGAUUCUCGUAGUAUUUCAAACUUAUUAUUAUUAUAUUUACUAUGGUGACCUAUGAUCAGUAAUCAUGACUCACUGAAAGCUCAGGUUAUAGCAUUUUUAAAUUAUUUUUUAAUUAAGGUGUAUAUGUUUUUAGACAUAAUACUGUUUCACAUAAUAGACUACAAUACAGUGUAAACAUAACUUUUAUAUGCAGUAGGAAACCAAACAAUUCAUUUGACUUUAUUGUGAUACUCACUUUCCUGCAGUGGUCUAGAACCAAACCCUCAGUAUCUCCUCAGUAUGCCCAUAUUAAGACAGAUGACUGGGAAAAUACUGGUGCCUUUAGGGGAAUGGGUAGGGGGAACUAAUUUUAAGAGAUGGUGCAUUUGGGGCACCUGAGUGUCUCACUCGGUUAAAUGUCCAGCUUCAGCUCAGGUCAUGAUCUCACGGUUCAUGAGUUCGAACUCCACAUCGGGCUCUGUGCUAACAGCUCAGAGCCUGGAACCUGCUUCAGAUUCUGUGUCUCCCUCUCUCUCUGCCCCUCCCCAACUCACACUGUCUCUCUCUCAAAAGUAAACAUUUUAAAAAUUUUUAAAGAAAGAGAGAGAGAUGGUUCAUGUGAUUCAAUACCUGCUCUUCAAGCACUGAGACUAUUCUUGUUCAGUUUAGGGUUCAGGCAGAUUAUUUAGUUGGGUGGUUCCCCAGUUAGGUAGUUGAAAAUGUGGAAUUGGAUCUAAAGAAUGAUAAGGAGUUCACCCAUGUCCAAUGCCCAGGCUCAGCGGCCACUCUGUCCAGAGUUGGACCAGCACCCUAGCAUGGACCCUGAGCACUGUGGGAAAGGCAUUAGCACCCAGGGGCCACGACACAGUUUGCUGGAAGGAAACUUGGGUACAUCUGUAAGGAGAGGAAUAGGAUGGACCUGAGGAGAAGCAGUACAGGAGGGCAUUGUGGAUCCUUUGGAACCAAGAACUGGAAUGCACAUGUAAGACCUCUACCAACUGAGGGUUUCACGAGCACACUCCUUUGCCAAAAUCUUGGUGAAUAGCCUUUCACUGUACAAUUGUGUCUUAGACAUUGUGUUACUUGUUGUCAUGAUCGUGCUUGGCUGGAUGCUUUUUGUCUCACUUGCAUGUUACAUGGGCACAUUUCCGGAGUUCAUGCCUCCAGCUCUGAAGUGGAAAGAGAAGUGGCCUAUUCAGUAAAUCAAGGCAUGACUGAGGAGCUGGACUUUGGAUGAAGAACCACAACUAUAAGGGUUCGGGAUACUUAUAUCCCCCAGGAGGGACCCUGGUGGAAAUAAGCAAAGUUGAUCCUAAAGUAAUGCAGCUCUGAAGCUCACCUGACCAGCUGUACAGUUCCCAUUGUUGCAAAUCAUUUUGUCACAUUUUUGUAAAAAGUUAACAAACAUUAAAAAAAGUGGUAAGGAAAAUCAGAUACCUAGAUUUUGGAGUAAGCACAGAAAUGGUGACUUGGCAGAGAUAGAAGGUGUUAAAUGUGGAGCCAAGAUGAGAUAGAACCUGUGGAACAGCUGCAUCCAUGCCAAGGAUGCCUAAGCACUACAGAUAGCAGAAAGAGGAGGAAAAUGGGCAUUUUUGAACAUCAGCUAUGGGCAGCACCAUACUAGGUUCUUUACAUACGUUAUUUUAUUUGAUCUUCACAAUCCAGUGAGGUCAAUAGUGGUGUCCCACCUCCCAGAGGAAGAAACAGACUCUUGGAAAACACAUACUUUGUCCAAGGUCACACCUGGGACUCAUACUCAGACCCUUCUGACUUGAAAAUGCGUGCGUUUUCCUCAGCACAAUGUACUUCAGAAAGGUAUGUAUCCAACCAGAACACUGUCAAGGAAUCCAAAGCAGGUGUGAGGUUUAAGAAAGAAGUGGUAACUACGUUUCUGAGAACCAGGUAUUUAUCCUCUGUUGAAAAAAAGGCUAUGGCUUUGGCAACUAAGUAGGUGACCUUCAAGAAAGCAGUUUUGUUAGAAUGAUAGGCAUUGAGACCAGAUUGCAAGGGUUGCUGUAGUAGACAGUUGUAGCAUAUGUUGACCAUUCUUUUCAUAUGGUAGCCAAAAGAGGAAAGGGAAGCAACUAUAACCUGAUAUGACAUGGUAAAUCUUCAGAAGACUUCUCAGGAUAGUGGAGGCUUGGGCAUGUUGGUGGCAGGGGGCAAGGAGAUGUUAGGCAGAAUUGGGAAUACUAAAAAGAUACAGGGUAAUUGACAGGAUACAACCCAUGAAGAAACUGGGAAUGUCAUCAAAGGCAAAUUUGCCUAUUAAUUUUUCUUCUCUAAACCCUGUCACCCACCUCUCUUUCCCACUUUUUCCUCCACAUGUUUCUCUCUCCUUGCCUUGAAUGUGAGUAAUAUUUGCUAACAUUCUGCUUCUGUACAAAAGUGAAUGAACCAAACCUUAUAUAUUUCUUCUUCCAAAACCCAUAUGGGUAUUAUUGCUCCAUUACUUGCUCUGAUUGUUAUCCCCCUCCACCACAGGUCAGUGAUCUUCCCUAGGAGAAUUAAUUUAAGGCAGCUUUUCUAAGCUUGACCUAAAUACAGCCACUAUGUUUAAUUCUGGUGACUAACUUUUUUUUCAUAUUCAUGAUUUUUACCUUCCCUUUCUUCUCAUCUUUCACGAUCCACAAAUCAUUCCUGGGGACUUACACGUGUACUUCAUUCACACACACACACACACACACACACACACACACACACACACACACAGAGACAUGUUUCCAAAUGAAAAUAAGAGGCUUUCCCUUCAUCCAGACAUUUUUGUUUGGACAAUGUGUAAGCAGUAGUAAACCUGGAAAGGUGCCUACAGUAAGUGAGGUGAAUUUGAAACUGUUUUCUUACCAAAACAUAAUCUCCUUCAGCCAAGGACAGUGUCUAGGUGACUUUUGUCUCCUUAGUGCCAAGCACUCGACAUCUCAAUCUGGCACUUAUUAAGUGAAGUACUCAGUGAGUAAUUGUAGAAUAAAGCAAAUGAAUGGAGGGAUAGGAAAGACUUGGAUAAAUUAUUAUUGAUGUUAUGUACUUAAACACAGAAUUGGUAGCACUGGUAAAAUUGCAUUGCACAGGAAAAACAAAAUAGUUGCUUACGAUUAUGGGUGAAAGGAAGGACAGUGACCCUGUGUCUCUGUAAUGAUUCAUAUUUUCCAGGGUGGGUAGUCUGAUAAGGAUGUGACUAUUUAGCCUAAAAAUAAUUGCUACUUUUAACCAAAUCUAGCAUUGCUUUUUUGCAAAUAGAUUUUUAUAAAAUCUUGAAUAAAAUUAAUGAAAAACAAAGCUAGAUAUAAACAUGAGAUUGUUUUUUAACUCCUAUAAUUAUAAAAUUAGUGAACAUUUAAAUUUUUUAAAUGUUUCUUUGAUUUAAAAACUUCAUUGAUUCCAAAUACUGCUUUUCAAUUACCUUCCAUGAACUCACUCUUUUAUCUUCUGUGGACUGAUAAAUGAUAAAAUAGAAGAAUCAGUUAUAGAGCAGUUAAUCAUCAAGUAUAGCAUGGCACUAAAUCCUUUAUUUGGUGCAUCACAGACACAAUUCUGGAGAAUUCUUUAAAUGUUUUACAUGUUGGUAUUUGUUCGUUGAAUUGGAAGAAUUUAUCAAAUAUUAAUGGGUCCUAAUGGAAAAUUUUACUCUAGAGGCAAACUCUUUCUUUAACUAGCUUUAUGAAUGUAUUUUAUUAACUAAUCUUGCAUACUUGAAUGAAAGUUUUAAGGAGAAAAAAUGAUUAUUCCCAGGUGUAUCGAGUGUUUGUUAAAUUCAAGAUCCUAAUUGCCUAGUGUGUUUUUCCUCUGUUGUCUUUCAAUACUUCCGUGUAGAUUGUUUAUUAUAGAGACUUAACACCUUUUUAAUAUUCUUCCUGCCUCUGACUUUUCUCAUUCUGAUAGUUCUAGUUAACACCAAAGUAACAUAGUUCUUGGAGGCACAAUUCAAAUGUUUCCAUUUUACUCCGUGUUUAAGUAUUUUUAUAAAGCUUUAGAGAAGAUUUUAAGGCCAAAGGGUAAAACGAGUCUUGAUAUUAUAUUACUACUGUUUGUGUUGAUCCAUUAUCCAUUUUGAAUGAGGAGUUUGAGACUUAGCUUUCUUUCAUUUUAGUACAACUAGAAAAGGUAUACUCUGUCUUAAAACAUGGACAUAUCAAAAUAGACAAGUCUUAAUACUGAAUAUUCCAGUGGAGCAGAAGUACCUAGAAAACUACUGCAAACUGCUUGGUGAACACCUACGAUUUCUGUGGAAGUGAAACCGUGUUCUAGUAACUGAAUUACCUGUAUUAUUUCUGAGUUCUAUUUAUUUACUGAUUUUUUUUUUCCGUUGAGUUUUUCGGGCCCCACAUUAUGAUGUUGUUUAUCACAUGAAGGUUUUUAAUUAUAGUGAGUGGCAAAUCAGCUACACUGCAAAAAAUGUUUUGUAAGAAUAAAGCAAUCACCAGGUUAUAACUAGUAUUCUUAACAAUUUCAUUGCAGAGAAAUAUGUUGCUCA